AUGACCGCGGCCACCGCGGAUCCGAACGGCGGCGGCCUCACGGACGAGCAGGCCGCGGUGUACGACCGUCAGCUCCGCGUCUGGGGCGUGGAGGCGCAGAAGCGGAUGGGCGCGAGCACGUUUUUCGUGCUCGGGGAUCUCGACGGCGUCGCCGCGGAGGCGUGCAAGAACAUCGUGCUCGCGGGCGUCGGCACGCUGAGGAUCUGGGACAACGGGAUGGACGCGUACGACGCGAACGCGCCGCCGGGGAACUUUCUCGCGACGGCGGGGGCGGCGGGGAAGGCGGCGGGGAGCAUCACCGUCGCGCGCGCGAUGCGCGACACGCUCCAGGAGAUGAACCCGUUCUGCUUCGUCGAGUGUCGCUCCGAUCCCGGCGUCGCGCUUCCGAGCGCGCCGCUGAUGGAUGUGGAAUUCCGCGCCGGCGUCGACGCGGUGCUGUACUCCGGCGCUUCGCUAUCGGACGCGAUCGAGAUCAACGCGUCGUGCAGACGCGUUGGGCCCGGCGGCGUCGCGUUCUUCCACGCGCACUGCCGAGCGUCCACGGCGCACUUCUUCGUCGACCUCGGGGACGCGUUCGAGCACGCGCCGGACGCGGCGCCGGGCUCAGGCGCGUUCUAUCUCACACUGGUCCCCAUACGACCCCGAAGCGAAGUAAAAGAAAAAGAAAAGGAGGAGACGGACGCGCCGCCGCCGGCGCCGACCGCGGUCGCGUCGUACGUGCCUCUCCGCGACGCGCUCGCGGCGAAGUGGAGCUCCAUGGGGAACGGCCGCGAGGGCGGACUGCGGCGCGUGAACAAGGCGGCGGGUGCGUUUCUGCUCUGCGCCGCGUUCGAGACGCGAACCGGGCGACGGCCUCUCGCGGCGGACCUCCCGGAGCUUUUGGACGGCAUCGCGGACGCGGAGCGCGACAACGGCGUGAAGCCCGGGUGGCUCCCGCCGAGCGUCGUGGAGGAGCACGUCGGACGGGAGCUCGGCGCGGGCAGCGGGCAUUCCGCGUCGCCGGCGGUGGCGGCGAUCGUCGGGGGGGUCCUCGGGCAGGAGGCGCGUUCUAUACACUGGUCCCCAUACGACCGCGUCCGCGUGGUGAACGCCGAUCCUUAA